CGGGCUAUAAAAGAGAGGGCUGUGCAUCCUUAUGCAGAGCUUGAUGCGCAUGUGUUUGUGCAUUUUUUUUGUUUCUGUAAACACAGCGUGUCAGCUUCACAUGCGUGCUGCCGAUGCUCACGUCCCUCAGUGAUGGAGUAUAGCAUCAGAGGAAGCCUUUACAGAGCAAAGCCCAUUGGCCUGUUUUUUAUGUGAGACCACGGGAACGUCAAGCUGAAUGCAGCGCUCGUCAGGCAGCCGCUUUUCCUGGCCUUCCUCCUCCCUCUCAUCUCCUCCUCCUCCUCCUCCUCCUCCACCACGGCGGUAAUCCUUGCUGACACAACGCACAAAGGACUAAAUGCUGGCUGCAUCCUCCAGCAGCAAGACACUCUCCUCUUCCUUCAGCUCUGAUCCUCUACAGCCUGUUUGUCUGUACACUACAGCAGGAUGCUGGUUCUCAGGAUGUAGGAGCUGCUUCCUCUCCUUCCUGUUUUUGUCGGUCUCUGUGUUCACCCUGCCGCACAUCACUAUACCAACAGUCACCCCUGAUCUGUUCCCGGAAACAACCCUUGUGCCGUCCUUACCAGCAGUACCAUCGGCACGAGCCGGCUCUGCACCUCAGAAGCCCCGGAGGCGCAGCAGCAGCAGACGUGACAGCGUUGCCAGGCCUCAGACGUUGCCCUCAGCCUGUCGGCCAGGCCCCAAAAGAGGCAGCAUGGAGGUAGGCAUGCGUGUUGUGCGCGGCCUGGACUGGAAAUGGGGAAACCAAGAUGACGGCGAGGGCCACGUGGGUACUGUGGUGGAGAUCGGGCGUCAGGGCAGCACUACAACUCCAGACAAGACGGUGGUGGUGCAGUGGGACAGCGGCACGAGAACCAACUACCGUACUGGCUACCAGGGUGCCUAUGACCUGCUGCUUUAUGAUAACGCUCAGAUUGGGGUGCGUCACUCCAAUAUCAUCUGUGACAGCUGCAAGAAGCAUGGAAUCAUGGGAAUGCGAUGGAAGUGCAAGGUGUGCUUCGAUUACGACCUGUGCACCCAGUGUUACAUGAACAACAAGCAUGACCUGAGCCAUGCUUUCGAGCGUUACGAGACGGCACACUCCCAGCCGGUGAGCCUGGCACCGAGGCAGAACCUCCCACGAAUCAUCCUCAAAGGAAUCUUCCAGGGGGUUAAAGUGGUUCGUGGACCAGACUGGGACUGGGGCAACCAAGAUGGUGGGGAGGGUAAGGUUGGGAAGGUAGUGGACAUUCGUGGCUGGGACAACGAGUCUGGUCGCAGCGUGGCCAGUGUCACCUGGUCAAAUGGCACCACUAAUGUUUACCGAAUGGGCCACAAGGGCAAGGUAGACCUCAAAUAUGUGACAGAUGGCCAGGGAGGCUUCUAUUACAAAGAUCACCUACCAAAGCUUGGAGAGCACGCAGAGCUGCAGCGUCAGGAGAGUGCAGACGGCCAUUCUUUCCAGCAGGGUGACAAGGUCAAAUGUCUGUUGGAGGUGGACAUCCUACGACAGAUGCAGGAGGGUCACGGAGGGUGGAACCCCAAAAUGGCAGAGUACAUUUGCCGGAUUGGGACGGUUCACAGAAUCACUGACCGAGGAGAUGUCAGAGUCCAGUACAGCAACAAUAUCCGCUGGACUUUCCAUCCUGGGGCACUCACCAAGGUGAACACGUUUGGAGUUGGGGAAUUAGUGAGAGUAUUGGAGGACAUGGAGAGCGUGAAGAGACUGCAGGCUGGCCAUGGAGAAUGGACAGACAGCAUGACUCCUGUGCUGGGCCAGGUCGGCAAAGUGUUGAAAGUAUAUGCAGAUGGUGACCUACGGGUGGCAUUUGGAGGCCAGACAUGGACAUUUAACCCAGCGUGCCUCUCAGCCCAACCCGUGGAGGUGGAUGCCAACCUCAUGACGGCCGAGAACCCCAACGAAUCUGGAAGUACUGUCAUCUCAGUGCUGGAGAAGCUGCUCUCUCAGUCCACAGAGCAAGACAAUCCCAGUCGGCUAGUCAUUGAGGCAGCGCAUGGCAGUGCCAGCAAGGUGCGGGAGCUGGUGCAGAAGUAUCCUGACAAGGUGGAUAUCAAGAACCAAGGCAAGACUGCGCUGCAGGUUGCUGCUCACCAAGGCCACAUGGAGGUGGUGAAGGCCCUGCUGCAGGCAAACGGCUCAGUUGAGGUCAAAGAUGAAGAUGGAGACACGGCAUUGCACUACACUGCUUUUGGUAAUCAGGCGGAGAUCGCACGGCUGCUGUUGAGUAAGGGGGCAAAUGUCAACCUCCUGAACAACUCCAUGUGCACGGCGCUCCACAUCGCCGUCAACAAGGGCUUCACUGACGUGGUGCGGGUACUAACUGAACAUUCUGCUGAUGUCAAUCUCCAGGAUUCAUACGGGGACACGCCGCUCCACGACGCCAUUGCUAAAGAUUUCCGCAAUAUCAUUGAGAUCCUGUCCGUGGUGCCCAACAUUGAUUUCACCCAGCAGAACCACAGAGGCUUCAACCUGCUGCACCAUGCUGCCCUCAAAGGAAACAAACUGGCCACAGAAAAGAUCCUGGCCCGAGCACGGCAGCUGGUCGAUGUGAAAAAAGAGGACGGCUUCUCUGCGCUGCAUCUGGCGGCUCUCAACAACCACAAAGAUGUCGCGGAGAUCCUCAUCAAGGAGGGGCGCUGUGACAUUAACAUCCGAAACAACCGCAACCAGACGCCGCUUCAGCUGGCAGUGACGCAGGGCCACACAGAGUUGGUGCAGCUGCUGGUGGACGAGGGCGCUGACGUCAACAUGGAGGACGAGGACGGUGACACGGCCAUGCACGUGGCCCUCCUCCGCCCGCAGCUGGCCAACGUUAUGCUCAGCCCAUCCGUAGGUACCAGCAGCAGCGAGGAGAGCAGCGACGGAUGUUCCUCCACGUCUCUGUACUGCAGGCUGAACGCUACAGGUGUUCUGGGGAGUACGGAGCUGAGCAUAGGCACAGCUGUCGCCUGUUUUCUAGCGAUGGAAGGUGCUGACAUCAGCUACGCCAACCACAAGGGCAAGAGUCCUCUGGACUUGGUGGCAGACAGCACCAUGCUGCAGCUCAUCAAGAGCUUUUCUGAGAAGCACAGGUUGCAGCGCCUGCAGGCCAUCACAUGUGGACAGGGCCUGAGCAGCGCCAGCCUGCGGCGGGUCCACACGACGCCCAACACCAUGACCAACCUGGUUCUACCAACGCCGCCCGGGCCCAGCGAAUGCCUCAUCUGCUCCGAGCUGGCUCUUCUGGUUCUCUUCUGCCCCUGCCAGCACAGUGUGGCCUGUGAAGAAUGUGCCCAUCGCAUGAAGAAGUGCAUCAAAUGCCAGGUCACAAUCACCAAGAAAAUUAGGCAAGACCAAACGGAGGUGGACUGCAGCCCCGGCACCGAGAACUCAGAGCAGCACAACCUGCUCGAACAACUGCAGUCCCGCUACCGUCAGAUGGAGGAGAGGAUGACCUGCCCCAUCUGCAUCGACAACCACAUCAAGCUGGUCUUCCAGUGCGGGCACGCCUCCUGCAUCGACUGCAGCGCCGCGCUUAAGACCUGCCCGAUCUGCCGGCAGACCAUCCGCGAGCGGAUCCAGCUGUUUGUCUGAGCUUCUCUCUCCGCUCAGUCCAGAGAAUAGUGAAGGGGGGCGUCGGAGAGAAGCGAGGCUGGGGAUGGGCAGUGGGCAGCUGUUAUUUUGGACACCCCCAGUAACCCCAACCAUCCCCUUGGAUAAGCCCACAGGCUGCUUGACUAUCAGAUGCUGUAUUAAAACACUGAGAGACCACCUUGUGUUCGGAGUAGCUUUCAUCGAGCAGCGCAGGCAGGAACGUGUCUAUUAAUUUAAUUCGAUUUUCAGCUCCAGGACAGAUGUUUAGCUGAGUCCGAGUCAAAGUCACGAGGCGACGCCGCUGCUUUGAUUGGCAAGCUGGGAGGGUAAAAAAACGCCCCUCCCCUCACUCACUACUUCUUUUCCUCACUCCCACCCAGCCUCUGCCUCGUGUAAUCUGUCCUCUCUUUGCUGCUUUAAGUGGAUGUCUGUCCCAUCAUCCUCUCUGGCUCUCUGGCCACAUCUGUUUACAAGGCUGCGCAGAAAUCACUUCUCAUCUUGCUCCUCAGCCUGUCCUGUGAAUUAUGUUUGCUCUCAUUUGUAUCAGUCUCUUAAUAAUCAGUGUUAGUCUCUGCAGAGGGAGUUGGUAUAACUAAAGGCUCUCUAUAUAAUCCCCAACCAAUUGUCUGUAUGCAAGGGGAAAUACACACUGUAUAUGCAUGAACAUAUGCAUAUUGCAAAGCUGAAAAUGACCGUGUCGUCAUGGGUGAUUUGUUGUCGUCGUCGUUUUCUUUCUCUCUGCUUACAUUCGUGGUUUUUAACGUACCUACGAGUACAGGUGUGUAUUUAUGUGUGAAAGGUGGUAUUACUUAGUAACGUCCUUUUUCGGCCAAAAGGUUUUUGGAUUCUACUGAAGUUCACCCCCAAGCCUCUACUCAGGGUAUCAAAUCAUUGAAAGCACUUGGAAUAUCCAUACAGAAUUAAAGAGCCACCCCCAGAUGCAGACACACACACACACACACACACACACACACACACACACAGACUCUCAGACACACACACCACACACACAGAUACACAGCAUUAUAAAGCAACAGGUUACUGAAAGGAAAGGUUGGAGUUGGGCAUACUGACUAAGAACUGAAGUAGAAACACUUUGUCUAAAGUCACAGUUUCAUUCUCAUUAGUUAAACGAAUGUUUGCAACAAAGCUGAUGUUUUCCUCUGAAAAUACGAGGAGAAAAAAAAGUCCACCAAGCUUCCCAGAAGCACCAGUCGGCUUCAUUUCUGUGUUUCACUCUGUGUGUGGUGACCACUCAGUCUGUCUGUCACAUGGCUUGUGCGGAGAACCCAGCGAGCACACACUUUAACUGCUAUUUUGUUACCAAACCCACCAGAUGUAUUGUAAGAUCUAGAAUCAGAAGGGCAAAAACAUGGCGUAGUCGUGUCACUCGUGUAUUUCCUUCCACGUCUACCUUUGUAGUCCAGUCUUUUCAGAAGAAAGCCUCCCUUUCUCCUCUGGAGUUCUGGAUUGUAUAUCAUCCUGAUAUCCGUUCUUGGUGUGUUAACUUGAAGGGCUUAUGCAGAUAUAUAUAUAUAUAUAUGUAUAAAUCUUAAUUUAAUUUUUAUUUUCGGACAUAAACUUCCAGAGACACUUUUUUUUCUUCAUUAGAUCCCAAAUUUUGGGAGAGGCAAUGUUAAAAAGAUGUACAUUUGAAUGUUUUUUUUGGGAGGGGGGUAUAUCCGGUCUCACUCUGCCUUUCUUAUGUAUAAAGAAAAAAAAAAAGGUGACAGAGAAGGAGCUGGAGAAACCAAGGCGUACCACGACAUUUGCUUUGAGGAAAGAACUUUUUUUUUUUUUUUUAAAUCAGUGCCAAAUCGCAUGAGGAUGUGCAUGGGCAUGCACGCCCGAAAUUACCUAGACGCACUAUGCUAAACCCCUCUGAGCUCAAGCGAGGGUUCAGUUAUUCCAGCAGUGUGAAGUGAACUAAAAAAAAAAAAAGAAGCUAAUUUUCAUGUUUGUUUUUUUUUAGGUUAGAAUCAGAAAUAUUAUCACAGCACACUCGGUUACUGAUGUUAGCAGCUGAGCUAAUGGUGUUAGCCUUUUAACUUUAGCUUACUGUUUUGAACCUCCUCGUGUUCUCAAAGAAACGUGAUGUUACACACUUAUGAAAUAUUAUCAGUCCCAUAUCGUUUGGAGCUUUUUACAAGUAUAUAUAUAUAUAUUUAUAUUUUGUGAGACAUUGUCAAUCAAGGGACACGUUUCUUACAGAAAUUUCAGCAUUUUAAGGAUUGUUGGUGUUUUAAGGUGAUGGGUUUACAGGCAAAGGCAAUAAUGUUCUAGAAAAAAAAGGGGAAGACGUUUGAGGUUUUUUGUUUCUUUUUGUUUUUUUAAGGAGGUCGCUGUGAGGGCGGGAAACAAUUUAUGUAUAAAAAUUAUAUUAAAGCAGCAGUUGUUACUAUUGGUGUUUGUACAUUUCAGCUCUUGGAGUUCUGAUGUUGGCCUUACUGUCCAUUCCUCCUCUGUUGAUGUUUUUUCAGUUGUAUUCUGUACAAAAAUAUUUUGCAAUAAAUAUGGAACUGUUUUCUAAGGA